AUGGAGUCAUUUAUUAAAGGUUUAACUUUAGUUGAUAUUGUAGAAAAACUUGUAGAUAAGAUCAAUGUCGAUGCAUCAGAGAUCGGCAAUGAAAAUGUGGUAAAAGAUAAUACUUUGAUAUUAAAGACGUUCGGCGAUUGGCUGAGAAAAGCAGAGAAUAGAGAUAUCGUUAUAAAGAGUGACAAGCUAUUGAAUAUCUUGUUUGGCUUUAUGAAGAGUUCAACCGAUGUUGUCGUUGCCAACAGCGAAUCGGAGGAGAAGCAAGUGGUGCUGCGAGAGAGUGUCACUGCUCUCGACGUUGCACGCUACGAACAGAUCUGUAGAGUUCUAGGCAAUUUGACAUUCGACCACGAGUCGAACAGAGCAGUGUUGCUCAGCGACGAGAAUGGCGGCGGUGUUGCCAACCUGGUACUCCCACUGAUAGCCUGGAUCAAGCAGAGCAGAUUCGCAUCGCUAAAGCGGACAUCGAUCACCACCAUGAUAAACUUGUGUUCCAAUGACGAACCGAUGCAAGAGGCGUUCGCCAACCAAGCCAACAAGUCUGUCAUACCGACACUACUGAAAUUGAUAGUGGAGCAAGAAGUGGGCAGCAGUGACUACUCUGAUUACUCUGACAUUGCAUCGAAAGCACUUCGUAUAUUGGUGGAGGACAACGAAGAGGUACGUGAGCAACUCACAUCCAGAGACGCUCUCUCACUCUAUCACAAGCUGCAAGCAACAGUUCACAACGACGGUUGGAUCGAAAAUGAAUUCGCCAAAGAUAUCUCUGCCAUUCUUAUUUCACUUGAAGAUAAUAAUGAUAUGCAAGAGAGUUUAAUAAAGGAUGGUUCAAUAUUGAAUGGAUUGAUCGGUUUCAUUGAGAGUGCAGAUUCUCAGAGAGAUAUGGUUGAUGAAAUCGAUGAGGACGAUGAGUUGCCAGCCGAUGGUGAACUCUCGAUUGCACCAGUGGUUUCGGGUGUCAUAUUGAAACUUGCAAGUAAAGAUAAACUUAGACCAUACUUCCUAAGUGAUAAGUCUAAGAUUGUAGAUAGAAUGAUGAAGAUCAUCACCUCCAAACCACCAGUAUAUUCAGAGAACAACAAGAAGACACAACUAAAAGUAUUGGACGCCUCCAAAGCAAAAAGAAACUUAACAAGAUCGAUUGCAUACAUAUCAAUCGAAGAUUCUACUAUUCCAAGAUUCAUUAAAGAUAUCAAUGUAUUCAUUGAGAUGUUGAAUGGCGAGGAUACAGAGCAGCUGGUUUCCGCAGCUAUGGUGAUUGGAAACGUUGCCAACUCGAGUGAGAACACUCAGAAGUUACUCUCUUUGAAUGUUAUCGAGUUGUUUACAAAGAUUAUGAAGACCUAUCCAAAUCAUCAGCCAAUCCAGCACUUGGUAUUGACUGCCACUCAUAACAUUACUUCGAUGAAAGGUCCAUACAAAGGACAGGUCGCACCGAACGAUCUCAUCGAUGUUGUCAUUGCCAACAUGAUCGUACCGAACCAAGUCAUUCAAUUCACUGCCAUCAAUGUACUGAAACACCUGAUUCUCUGCAACGAUGUCAAUUUUGUAAACUUUAUUAAAGAGGGUGGAUUGCUACCGCUUGCCAACUUGGCCAAUGGUGUUACCAAAGCUGGUAUGGACGAUGACGACGAAGAAGCAGCCGAGGAAAAUAGUCAAAAGAUUAGAGAUAUCGACGAGAAUGAAGAUGAAGAAACAAGAAAACAAAGAUUGGAAAAAGAAAGACUGGAACAGGAGCAACGUGAGAAGGCUGCCUCACAAAAGAAAGACAAGAGAGUUGCCUACGAGUCUAGCAGAAUUCUGGUGCGUUUCCUAACGAUGAGAGAUCUCCUGAAGGAUGAAGACCAAAAGCAAUCGUUGGUUCAAGAGUGCACACUCCCAUUCUUUGAACUUGUACAUUCGCCAUUCUCCAUCUUGAGGGCAGAGGGAAUCAAAGCAUUACUCCAACUCGUUAAGAUCAACAUUGAAACACUAAGCAAAAAUGUAAAUUGGUGGACCGAUCUCUCGGAAACACUCAAAGCCAGUAUCAUCGCACCCGAAACAGCCACCGAUAAACAAUUCAAUCAAGAUAUACAAUUAAAUAUUUAUGAAAUCUUAAUGGAAUUGAUUAAAAAUGAUGAUAAAUGUAAGGAAUUGAAAUCAUUGGGUGCAGUCGCAACUUUGAAAGAACUAUCGAAACUUCCACAGACCAAUGCCACUACCAAAUCAAAUCUUCAAAAGAUAUUAUCACAAUUGACUAUUUAA